AUGGCCGCCUGUGAGGAGGGGCCGGUGGAGCUGCAGUCGCCCUUCCUGGAGAUGCCGGAGCUGCCGGAGCUCUUUGCGGCUCUGGGCGAAGGUAUGGGAGGUCCACCACCUGGGAUCCCUGCAGCACUCUGGGGCAGCAUGUGCAAAAAGCGCUUGCAAGAUAUGCAUGAAAGCAAUCAUCUCACGGUGUCAGAGCGCGAGGAGCAUUUGACCAAGAGGCAAUUCCACGUGCCUGGCCGGGGCAAGAGAACCUUAACGUUGCAGGAGGAUCCGACAGGCAAGUUCGGAGGUUCGUGUGGCUCGGGCACGGUUCUGUGGCCAGCAGCAAUGGCUUUGGUCGAGCAUUUAGAUGGGGAGGUGGAGAAGAGUUGCUUGAACUGCCGAGUCCUGGAGCUUGGCGCCGGCGUUGGUGCCGUGGGCCUCUUCUUAGCACUCUUCAAAGGCUGCGAGGUGUGGCUCACCGAGGCGCCCGAACAGCUACCGCUACUGGUGCGGAAUGUGAAUGAGAAUUCGCCAGAUGGACUGGACCUGCAGGUUGCACCUCUCAAGUGGGGUGACAAAGAGGCACUUGAGCAGCUUGCAGCUCUUGGCCGUUUUGACAUGAUUGUUGGGAGCGAUGUGACUUACCGUCCGGAGUGUCUCAGUGAUUUGCUGAGCACCGCUCACCAGCUCAUGUCCCCACAGGGGCGCUUUUUUCUCAGCCUUCAAGACCGGCCAGGUGAAGCGGAACAUCUUGAAGCAGCGCUCAAAACGAGCUCCCUUCAGAUACGCGGCGAGGCCCUUCGCCGAAAGGCAAAGCUCCAAGGAGCAGAGGAAGUCUCUGUACUGAUUUUUGAGCUUUGUCACGUUGGUGCUGAGCCACGGGUGGUGAGGCAAUGCUUCGCCUUGUCAUUUCGUUCUUGGUGGCCACCAGUGCAGCUGCCAUCUGGCCCAAGCCGCGCUUGUUCAGGCUUCCAAGCUGUGACCUCCACCCCGGAGCUGCAAGAUGCUUUCCAGCGGUACAAGUCCAUCUUCUUUCCGCAUGCAUCUACACCUGCCAAGACGGCUGUCGACUGUGGAUUGGUGGUUGACAUAUUAGACACCACAAGUGCUCUGCAACUGGGCGUUGACGAGUCCUACACUCUGGACGUGGACCUCGAUGGCAUCACGGUCAUUGCAGCCAAGACUGUUUGGGGAGCCCUCCAUGGCUUGGAGACGAUGUCCCAGCUCAUUGAAUUCAAUUUCAAAACAGGCCAAUAUUCAGUCUCUGGCAUCCCAGUGCAUAUUGAAGACAAACCUCGUUUCCAGCAUCGUGGGCUUUUGAUCGACUCUGGUCGCCAUUUUGAGCCUAUGGUACACGUGAAGGCCAUGAUUGACUCCAUGACUUAUGCCAAGCUAAACGUGCUUCACUGGCACCUCACGGAGGACGAGUCCUUUCCCAUUGCAAGCCGCGUAUUCCCAGAGCUGCCGGAGAAGGGUGCUUUCAACGACUUUGAACAGUACACCUGGGAAGACAUCGUUGAUGUGGUGGAGUAUGCCCGUCGUCGUGGGAUCCGCGUGAUUCCAGAGUUUGAUAUGCCGGGACAUUCCUCUUCCUGGAGGAAAUCACAUCCCGAAGUUUUUGCUGAAGGUUGUCUGAGCGAGUCCUCCCGCGGGGCCUUUGACCCUGCGAAGAAUGCAACCUUUGAAUUGUUGGAGGCAGCCUUGCAGGACUGGAGCAAAAUGUUCGUGGAUGGCUUUCUGCACCUGGGGAGCGACGAGGUGCCAGCCAAUUGCUGGAACAACAGCAAGGACAUCGCUUGGAUGAAGACCAUGGGCUUCUCCAACUCCUCGGAGGUUUUCAACUACUUUGUGAACAAAAUGGUGAACAUUAGCAAGAAGUUGGGCAGGGAGACCAUUCUUUGGGAUGAAGCAUUCCUUUCGGCGAAGCCACCACAGGAGGCCGUGAUUCAGAACUGGCAUGAUGCAUCCCUUCUUCAGAAGAUCGUAGAUGCUGGUUACAGGGCUGUGUUCUCCUCCAAUGGUGGCUACACAAAUGGAUGGUACCUUGAUGGUUUGAAAGCCACAUGGCAGAACAUGUAUGUCUUGGAGCCUUUGAACAACAUCAGUGCGGAGAAAGCUCACUUGGUGCUGGGAGGUGAAGGCUGCAUGUGGGGCGAGCACGUCGACCCCUCCGACUUCGAGUUCACCGUGUGGCCCCGCCUCGCAGCCAUUGCCGAGCGCCUCUGGAGCGAUCGUGAGGUGAAUUCUACCGCGGAGGCUCAGCCGAGGUUGGAAACCUUCAGGUGUCGCCUGUUGUCCCGUGGGGUGCACACUGGGAUCGUGGGUGGGAGCGGCCGCGGCACACCACCGGGUCCUGGAUCAUGCACGCAGCAGGGGACAUCCGAGGAGCAGAUUUUCGUCUGA